AUGUCUGCCCCGCCAAAGUGGCCCCUCUCUGAUCCCGGAGAAGCCUAUUUAGUCCGUCACUUCGUGCAGAAACUUGCCGUUUGGCUUGACUUAUGCGACCCAAAUCGCUCUUUCGAGUACGAAGUGCCCGAGCGGGCGAGGAGUUACCCGAUUUUGCUGAACGCCAUCCUCGCUCUCUCGGCACGGCACUUGGCAGAAACCGGCGCUCCAGAGUACGAGCAAUGUGCACUCCACUAUAAUGAGGCCUGCCUCAAGGAUCUCAGGAAUAAUCUCGGAUGCGGCUGGAGCGAAGAAGUUUUUGCGGCAGCCAUCAUUCUCCAGGUCGUGGCGGAAAUGGACUGCCCCGCCGACGGCGAGUAUAGGAGUAUCAAGGACGGGCAUCUUUGCGGCAUACAUAGCUUCGUCAAGCAGGGGAACUUAACGCCGGGGACGCUUGCUGCAGCGUCAUUCUGGGUUGGGCUACGGCAGGAAAUUUACCGUGCCGUUAUGGUAGGACGCAUGGUGAAGCUGAACCUCGAACACCCGCUUGUUGACAGGUCGCCGCUUGAUGAGAUGCCCGCCAAAGAUUACUACGCUUGGGCAAAUCGGGCCGUCGUGCAUUGCGCCGAUGUUCUCAAUUUCUGUUAUAGCCUCGAGUCCAUGGAGGCAACAGAGUGGAACAAACACCAAAAACGACGAUGGCUCGAGCUACACAGCUGGAACUGCGAGUGGGAGGAGAAGAAGCCAACUUCCUUUAACCCGUGUCACAAGGGCCGCGGUGCCGGGCCGUUUCAGGCGAUAUGGUAUCUUCGAAGCUGCCAAGUCAUCGGUAUCCAGCAUCAUCUCCUAGCAAAGCUCUUCCUCCUUGACCGCGGUCUCGAGAAAGGUGCCCCGAUACCAGACAAUGGGUAUCCUGUCGACGAACGUAUCCGAGACAUUGUUCGCCAGAUUUGUGGCAUCGGUCUGGGAAACCAGUGGACGGCUCCGAGCAUGUUCACGGCUUGCAUGGCUAUUGCAGCUUUUGGUGAAAAGUACUUUAGCGCCCUGAGCCAUCACUCAGAACUCAGGGCGAUGUUAAAAAUCCUUUGUGAUACCCAAAGGGACCACGGACGGUCAACCAAGGAGGUGCAGACCAAGCUCGGGAAUAUUGUCGGCUGGUCGGAUGAAGGGAGGUUGCAAAACCUGAAGGCUGAGCCCAACAUACCCUACAAGUGUGAAGCAUGA